AUGGCAAGCGAUGCCCCAACAAGGUGGGCCGGAAGAUCCCACGCACUUCGGCUCCUCGCAGCCUUUGGAGCUGCGCCCACGAGCCGCUCCAUAGCCCUCGAUGCCGCUCCCGGUCGUCGUGCUGGGCUUCUUUCGAGAUCCCUGCUCGAGACGGCCGAAGUCGAGGCCGCAGGGGUCCCGCCCGUGAGCGCUGCCGUGGCGUCGCUGGAGACGCUGACGGCCCGCGGCUGCCUGCAGGCCCACGGCAUGACGGAGCUGGCCCUGGAUACGUACUGCUACCAGCGGACGAGCAAGGAGAGAUGUUCGAACACGUACGCGACCAAAGACGCCAUCUCCGCGUUCAGGUGCUUCUGGGACGACGCCCGGAAGACCUGCAGCUCGGAGGAGCGCCACGUGUGCAACGUCACCUCGAGGAUGGGAUCUUUAUCUUAUUCGAACGACUGGAACAAUCACAACAUGCAGUGGUUGGGAAAGGAUUGGUUUGCCAAUGGCCCCCAG